CCUAUUCAAUAUAUAUAUUCUAUAUGACGUAGAUAGUUCUUCUUUUCUUUUCUUCCGACGAUCAAAAUUGAAAAAAUUCGUUCCCAAAUCAAAUCGGUGUUUAUUCAUUCCCACCAUUCCAAUUCUCUUUGCAAUCGCAACACAAACUACGCUACCUCCCAGGUGUAAUUAAUUAAUUAAUUUGGGAAGUAGAUAGAUAGUUGUAGUUGAUUAAAGGGAAAGAGGAUGGGGGCAAUGAUGUCUAGAUUCUGGUUCAUGUUAUUCCCUGCUAAAGAGUAUAAGAUUGUUGUUGUUGGAUUGGAUAACGCUGGUAAAACCACUACUCUUUAUAAAUUGCAUCUUGGUGAGGUUGUUACUACUAACCCUACUGUUGGUAGCAACGUCGAAGAGCUCGUCUACAAAAACAUUCGAUUCGAGGUCUGGGAUCUUGGCGGACAAGAAAGACUUCGGACAUCAUGGGCAACAUAUUACCGAGGAACUCAUGCUGUAAUUGCAGUGAUUGACAGCAGUGAUAGAGCUAGGAUCUCUUUAAUGAAGGAUGAACUUUUCAGGUUGCUGGGUCAUGAAGAUUUACAACAUUCAGUCAUCCUUGUCUUUGCUAAUAAACAAGAUAUCAAGGAUGCUAUGACUCCUGCUGAAAUCACUGAUGCUCUGUCACUUCACAGCAUCAAGGAUCAUGAUUGGCAUAUACAAGCUUGCAGUGCCAUCUCAGGAGACGGCCUUUAUGAUGGUCUUGGAUGGAUUGCCGGGCGAGUAACUGGCAAAGCAUGAUGUGGGUUUGCUGGAAACUAAGGAUGACAUUUAUUUUAAUGAACUGUAUUAUUGUGACAAGUGACAAAAAUAUAUGUAUCAUUUAUAUUUCAAAGAAAGAAUCAAGCCAGGCUAGUGUGUGUAUGAAUUGCUGUGCAGAAGAAGAUUAUUCAGUAAUCUAUUAAGUCACACACAUUUUCCCAAAUUGUUAUAGAAAGAAGCCUCUGCAUUGCAUGCACCUUGGCCACUUCCUUUUA